AUGAAGGCCUUAAUCAGGGGGCUCCCUCUGUUACUUAAAGAGGCAGCCGUGAAAAUCAAACUUAGAAUCGAAAAAGGAGAUCUGCGAGGAUUUACAUGGUCGGAUUUGGCCAAAGAAUUGAUAAAAUACGGCAAGGAAUAUGAGCAUACAUCUGAUUCUGAAGAUGUUCCCAAGCCUUCUGCAGCCAGACAAAAGAUUCGACCCUCCUAUGCUGAUGUGGCUGCCAGGGCACCCCGGGAUCCUCCUAAGCAGCGGGAGAAAUCACGGGGUGACUGGACAGUCGUGGAUAGAUCUAAAAACAACAGAAAGCCAAACAGCACCCAUAAAAGCCAGUACCCUGAAAACAAAAGUGCUUCAUCUCGAGGUGAUGACAAAGGGCCCUAUGCUAAGCCAGGCGUAAAGGAGCACAGACAAACCUAUGGCAACACUAGGGAACCUCUCCUUGAAAACCUGACCAGUGAGUAUGACUUGAAGCUUUUCCGGAGAGCACAAGCACGGGCAUCUGAGGACGUGGAAAAGCUGCGGCUCCAGGGCCAGAUCACAGAAGGCAGCAACAUGAUUAAAACCAUCGCGUUUGGCCGCUACGAGCUGGACACCUGGUACCACUCCCCCUACCCAGAGGAGUAUGCUCGCCUGGGCCGUCUCUACAUGUGUGAAUUCUGCCUCAAGUACAGGAAGAGCCAGACAAUACUUCGCAGGCACAUGGCAAAAUGUGUUUGGAAACACCCACCGGGUGACGAAAUCUACCGGAAAGGCUCCAUCUCAGUGUUUGAAGUGGAUGGGAAGAAGAACAAGAUCUACUGUCAAAACCUGUGUCUGCUGGCAAAACUUUUCUUGGACCAUAAAACACUGUAUUAUGAUGUUGAACCCUUCCUCUUCUAUGUCAUGACAGAAGCAGACAACACUGGCUGUCACCGGAUAGGUUAUUUCUCCAAGAAGAAUUCUUUUCUCAACUACAAUGUUUCUUGUAUCCUGACAAUGCCCCAGUACAUGAGGCAAGGUUAUGGCAAGAUGCUCAUUGACUUCAGCUAUUUGCUUUCUAAAGUAGAAGAAAAAGUUGGCUCAGCUCUGGGAAUCUGGGCGCCAGGAGGAGCUUCA